AAGAACAGAGAGGGGUAGUGUGCAGUUGGUUGCAAGGAAGAAUCGGGUGGAGUUUGAAGGAUUUGCUUAUCACCAAGUCUUCGUAGGUCUGAGGCUUGCAUUUCAUGAUGGCCGUGUAUCCCAACCAAAGCUGGAUGGCCUCUUGUAGUGCCCGGACGAAGCUAACUCCGAUGCAGUUCUGCUUUCCGGGCUCGCAUGACAGUGGGGCGUACCAAACGCCGGACUUCAGCAUAGUAGCCACCAACCAAGCAAUGUCGACUUCCAUGGAACGCUUCGUUCCUGGCUUUCAGGCUAUCGCCACGAGAUGGACUCUUUCGCAGCCUGGAGCCACGAUAUACGACCAACUGAUGAACGGAGUGAGGUACCUGGACCUGCGUGUGUCCUACGCCAUGGACACGAAAACGAAAAAGUGGACGUGGUACCUGAUCCACACGUUUGUCGUGUCUCACCUGGAGACUGCACUGGACGACGUUGCCAGGUUUCUGGCAGCUCACCCAACCGAGCUGCUGAUCAUCGACACCAGCCUCUACUACAAGGCCGGCGCGUACUGCACCCAGCUCCAGGACUUCAUCGUCAGCAAGCUGAAACGGUGGAUAUACCCCGACACGCACAGAGGCAAGAUCACAGAGACCGUGGAUGCCAUCACCAAACAAGGCAAGCAGGUCAUUAUCAGUCUCGGAGCUCAACCGUCCCAGCGCUCCUCCCUGUACUUCUUCCUGAGAUCAGAGUUGCUCUACUGUUAUCCCUUCAGGAGCAUUGACACUGUUGCUGCCAAGCAGGCGUACAUCAUGACGGCAUUCGCAGCGUACGAAAGCACUCCGAAAAACCUUCUGUUCCAGCUGACCUACACGCUGACCGAGGUACAGGUGGAUGUGAUCAAGUCGAUCUUCACGCACGGCUCGCUCAAGAAGUUAGCCGACACGAUGAACCCGACUCUGAUUCCGUUCGUCCGCGGCCUGACCAAGCAGCAGCGCUCCUACAUCGGCAUGAUUGAGGCUGACGAUCAAAUGAACGCGGACAACGUUGGCGCUUCACUCCUGGUCCUGGCUGAGCGCGUUGCCGCCCUUGAGCCGGUAUCACGGCCACUGAAACUGCAGGCUGGCCCUCUGCCAGUGAAGCAGGGAGCUUCACAUGCAGUAGCAACGGGACCUGGUACUCAGUCCAGUGCAUGGUCGGUGGAAGUCGCUAGCGUGCCGCAACAAAAGUCCGGCAGAAGUGCGCCCGCCCAGCCCAGGCAACAACGAUCUGGUUGCCUGCGUAGUCUCGUGUGCUGCUGCCUCUGCUGUGGACGCAAGCCGCAGUCAGACGAUGAAGACGAAGCACCGCUUGUUCGCCGACACUAGAAGCAGGUUUCUAGUAGUCAGGCCUGAUUUUAUCCCUUCCUUAUCUUCAGGUUAGAGCCGCAAUGCGCUCCUCUUUGCUUCUCUGUGCCUCCCUGUCUCUCUCUCUCUCUCUCUCUCUCUCUCUCUCUCUCUCUCCACCCUGUGUGCUGCCACACGAGAGCCCUCUGACUUUCACCGUACUAGUAUAGAGAAUACCGGGAUAGUUUCUUGGAUUUAUUACUUUUAUAUCGAUUUUGAUACCAAGUGCUCUUGCAGACUUUUGCAUAUUAUUUUAUUAUUUUCGUACUGCUAUUUCUAUUUUGCAUGACUACAAGUAGUAUUGCUUCAUAGUACUUGUAGUAGUGACGACGUUCGACUCCAUUCACAUCUCACUUGCUUGUAGUGAAUAUUUUCGUACCGCUUGAUACUUUUUCAUAUUAUUUUUCUACUUUCCCUCCACUGCAGCAGCUUGUGUAUGCCCGUGCCAAGAUGCAUGCUAAAUAUACCCGAUCCUGGGCGUCUUCAUCCACGUCAGUGUGUCUUCAAAAUUCUAUUUGGCGAGUGGCAAUCGGGCCCCGCCCGCCCUGCCCCCCUCCGACUUCACUUUCAAGUCACUUUACUUGUAGUAGUGACGACGUUCGACUCCAUUCACAUCUCACUUGCCUGUAGUGAAUAUUUUCGUACCGCUUGAUACUUUUUCAUAUUAUUUUUUCUACUUUCCCUCCAUUGCAGCAGCUUGUGUAUGCCCGUGCCAAGAUGUAUGCUAAAUAUACCCGAUCCUGGGCGUCUUCAUCCACGUCAGUGUGUCUUCAAAAUUCUAUUUGGCGAGUGGCAAUCGGGCCCCGCC